GGGCGCGCGCGGCGCCGCGUGACCGGGCGGGGGGAGCGCGAGGCGGCGGGGCCCGGGGGCCAUAGAGACUGGGGGUGGGGGGGCGGGGGAUAGAGCGUCCCCCCCUCGCCCCGCUCCGCUCCGCCCCGCCGGCCGCCGCCGAGUCCGCCAAAGGGCCGCCCCGCAGCCCCCGCCGGGCCCGGACAAAGCGCCGCCGCCGCCGCCUCCUCCUCCUCCUCCUCUCCCGCCCCGCCCCGCCCCGCCCGCAGCCCCCGCCGCGGAGCCAUGUCGGCCAGCAGCCUCCUGGAGCAGAGACCCAAGGGCCAAGGCAACAAAGUGCAAAACGGCUCUGUGCACCAGAAGGAUGGGCUGAAUGAUGAUGACUUUGAGCCCUACCUGAGCCCCCAGGCCCGCCCGAACAAUGCAUACACUGCAAUGUCUGAUUCCUACUUACCGAGCUACUUCAGCCCCUCCAUCGGAUUCUCCUACUCCCUAGGGGAGGCUGCCUGGUCCACGGGGGGAGACCCCCCCAUGCCCUACCUGACCUCGUACGGACAGCUGAGCAACGGGGAGCCCCACUUCCUCCCCGACGCCAUGUUCGGGCAGCCAGGGGCCCUGGGCAGCACCCCCUUCCUCGGGCAGCACGGCUUUAACUUCUUCCCCAGCGGGAUCGACUUCUCAGCCUGGGGCAACAACAGUUCUCAGGGACAGUCCACUCAGAGCUCGGGCUACAGCAGCAACUACGCCUACGCCCCCAGCUCGCUGGGGGGGGCCAUGAUCGACGGGCAGUCGGCCUUCGCCAGCGAGACCCUGAACAAGGCCCCCGGCAUGAACACCCUGGACCAGGGCAUGGCGGCCCUCAAGCUGGGCAGCACAGACGUGGCCAGCAGCGUCCCCAAAGUGGUGGGCUCGGCCGUGGGCAGCGGCUCCAUCACCAGUAACAUCGUGGCCUCCAGCAGCCUCCCCCCGGCCACCAUCGCGCCGCCCAAGCCGGCCUCGUGGGCCGACAUCGCCAGCAAACCCGCCAAGCAGCAGCCCAAGCUCAAGGCCAAGAACGGCAUCGCCGGGUCGAGUCUUCCGCCGCCCCCCAUAAAACACAACAUGGAUAUCGGCACCUGGGACAACAAAGGCCCCGUGGCCAAAGCCCCGGCGCAGGCCCUGGUGCAGAACCUCGCCCAGCAGCCGGCGCAGGCGGCCCCGCAGCCCGUGGGCCAGCAGAUGGCCGGCAGCCCGCCGGUGGCCCAGGCUGCGGGCGGGCAGCAGCCGCCGGCCCCGCUGCCCGUGCCCCCGGCGCAGCCGGCCCCGCUGCCCGUGCCGCCGGCACAGCCCACCCGCUGGGUCGCCCCCCGCAACCGCGGCGGCGGCUUCGGCCAGAACGGCGUGGACGGUAACGGGGUGGGGACGGCCCAGGCCAGCUCCGGCUCCCCUUCGGAGCCGCACCCGGUCCUGGAGAAGCUGAGGUCCAUCAACAACUACAACCCCAAGGAUUUUGACUGGAACCCGAAGCACGGGCGGGUGUUCAUCAUUAAGAGCUACUCCGAGGACGAUAUCCACCGCUCCAUCAAGUACAACAUCUGGUGCAGCACGGAGCACGGCAACAAGAGACUGGACGCGGCCUAUCGCUCCAUGAACGGCAAGGGCCCCGUGUACUUACUGUUCAGUGUCAACGGUAGCGGCCACUUCUGCGGCGUGGCAGAGAUGAAAUCUGCUGUGGACUAUAACACCUGUGCAGGGGUGUGGUCCCAGGACAAGUGGAAGGGACGCUUUGAUGUCAGGUGGAUUUUUGUGAAGGACGUUCCCAACAGCCAGCUGAGGCACAUCCGCCUAGAGAACAACGAGAAUAAACCAGUGACCAACUCCAGGGACACUCAGGAGGUGCCUCUGGAAAAGGCUAAGCAGGUGUUGAAAAUCAUUGCCACCUACAAGCACACCACCUCCAUCUUUGAUGACUUCUCACACUACGAGAAACGCCAAGAGGAGGAGGAAAAUGUUAAAAAGGAACGCCAAGGUCGUGUCAAGUAAAAGGCCAUUCCUCCCCAGAGACUGCAGCAGAGAUUGCAUCCCAGUGAUCCUUCAGAGAGGCAAAGAGAAGGAGCAAGAGCAUCCCAGAGAGAAUUAGGACUUUUUUUUUUUUUUCUUAAUUUCAUUGACUUCAAAAAAAGACUUUUACAAACUUGCAGUUUAAAAAAAAAAAAAAGCAUUGGAGUAUCACAAGACAUAGGACCUAAAAAAAAACAAAAACAACAACAAAAAAAAAAUCCCUUCUAGGUAGAGUAGAGGUAAAACCUGUCCCCCUUUCUUUUGGCUUUGGUUGUGAUUUCAGAGCAUACGCUUUGUUUUUUGUCUUUUUACUAUGUUUUUUUUUUGGGGGGGGGGGAUUUUCAAGUCCAUAAGUGGCAUAUGCCUUUUUUUUUUUGUUUUUUCCUCUCUAAUUUUUAAACCCUGCAACCUCCCUCCCUUCCACCCCCUCACGCCUCCUUCCCCCUGGUUCUGACAUUUGCACUUGGAACACCAAGAGUUGUAACAUCCACCCGUGGAGAGUGGAGUAAUUUUUAUUUUAUAUUUUUCUUUCUCCCUUCUCCCCAGCCUGGAAAAGGAGGAAUUCUCCAAGGAAGUUGGGAGUUUUUUGGCCUAAGAAGAAUUAAACAGAAAUUAUCCACGAAGUUGUGUCUUAAAGGUGGUUCAUUUUUUCUCCAACCCUUUGUUACUCAAAAGUCAAGUACUAGGAGUCCUAAGAAAUGUUCUGUUCUUGUGCAUUAUACAGAUUAAGUCUGGAUGAAUUUGAUUUUUUUUUUUUUUUUUGAAAGCUGAGAACAGUGGUUAAAAAAACUCGUUUUGUUUACAGGAAAAAUUAAUAAUUUUGGACAAGGAAAAAAAAAAAGAAAAAAAAAGCACCAAAAAAAAAAAACAAACCAAGGAAGAAAUAAUUGUAAAAAAAAAUGUGUAGUGACUUUGUUUCAGUUUCUUGUUAAGCCAACGAGGAAUGGGCGUUGCCUUUCUUUUCACCAUUAAUCACUUCUCAGUAAUAAACGUGAAAUCCUGUUGAGCAUCA